AUGUCCACAGACACAGUGAUUUCUGAACCUGGAGACAGUCAGCAUGACCAUCAACACAAGGUGGGCAGCAUCACUCCUGUGCAGCCUCAGCACUCUGCAGCUCUUCCAGUGCUGAUGUUUCCACGCUCUUCCAAAGGGCUGAAGAGGCAGAAGAGGGACUGGGUCAUUCCCCCCAUCAACUUCCCAGAGAACGACAGAGGCCCCUUCCCCAAACAGAUGGUGCAGAUCAGAUCCAGCAGGGAUAAGGAAGUGCCGAUGCAUUACAAAAUCACUGGGCCUGGGGCAGAUCAGCCCCCUGUUCAGCUGUUCAAAAUUGACCAAGACUCUGGCUGGCUCAGUGUCACACAGCCUUUGGACCGAGAGAGGCAAGAUAAAUAUAAACUCUUUGUUCACGCUGAAGCAGUGGGUGCAACUACUGCGGCCGAGGAUCCCAUGGAAAUUAUCAUCUUUGUGAUCGAUCAGAACGAUAACAGACCCAAAUUCACUGAAGAAACCUUUUUUGGCGAGUUAGCUGAAGGAUCCAAAGCAGGUUUUGAAUUUAUGAAGGUGACCGCUGUUGAUCUAGAUGCACCUGGUUCAGCUAAUUCUGACAUUAGAUACAGAAUUGAGAGCCAAGACCCAGAGAGUCCAUUACGAGAGAUGUACUUUAUUAACCCUCUAACUGGAGGGAUCCAACUGAAGUCAGAGGGGCUGGACAGAGGGAACUUUCCUAAAUAUACAUUGGUAAUUAGCGCUGCUGAUAUAGAGGGGAACGGCCUCUCAACCACCUGCAAAGCAAGCAUCACAGUAACCGACAGCAACAACAACGCUCCUCAGUUUGACCCAAAUUCAUACACAGUGACUGUCCCUGAGAAUGAAGUGGGUGCCCUAGUGGUGAAAAUGCCAGUGACUGAUGGGGAUGAACCUCACACACUAGCCUGGUCAACUAAAUACAAGAUUAUUGAAGGAGACAAUGGAGGGUUCUUCAAUGUUACCACUGGACCCAGCAAGCUGGAGGGCAUUAUUACUACAGUCAAGGGCCUUGAUUUUGAGAAGAACGCAAAGUACACCUUGUUGGUCACCGUGGAGAACGAUUCCCCGUUUGUCACCAAUCUGCCCACCUCCACUGCCACAGUUAUUGUGAACGUGAAGGAUGUGAACGAGGCUCCAGUGUUUAAUCCAGUCGAAGAGGUGGUCAUUAAACCAGAGAACCUGGAAACUGGUGCUGACAUAAUUGCAUAUACAGCAACUGACCCUGACACGGCAAGAAAUCAGAAAGUGUGGUAUAAAUUGGGCGAUGAUCCAGAUGGAUGGCUGAACGUCAAUAAAGAGACUGGACUUAUCAAAGCGAGGAGCCCCAUGGAUAGAGAAUCUCCCUUUGUCAAAGGGGGCAGAUACCGGGCCCUCAUCCUUGCCAUUGAUGACGAUGAAGUCCCUGCAACGGGAACCGGGACUCUGCUGAUUGAGCUGGAAGAUGUAAAUGACAACGCUCCCACAAUCGAGGAGAGGGUGAUCACGAUCUGUAACCGAGAAUCUCAGCCCGUGACGCUGUCCGUCACCGACCGAGACGGGCCUGGAUUCACCUCCCCUUUCCGGGUGGAUCUACAGGGAGUGAGCGCGAACAACUGGACCGCUCGCAUGAAUGGCACAAAGACGGGCAUAAUACUAGGACUGAAAAUCUUUUUGGACCAGGCUGACUACAACGUUGUACUCCGUGUAUAUGACAACAACGGACUGUUCCAGGAAAACACUGUCCUUGCAAAAGUGUGCGACUGCAAAGCAAAUGACUACUCGUGCGCCAAUAAUGCUGUGGCCGGUGUAGUCCUGCCAGGAAUUCUGGGAAUUUUGGGAGCGGUCCUGCUUUUACUCUGAGUAAUUCAAAAUGAUCUCUUCAGCUUUACUUGGAACACACUUAGUCUGCAGUAUGAAAUCAUCAGAGGUUUUUGGAGCGCAUGUAUGCAAAUGUAUCCUCUCAAAUUGGUAGAGGAUGUCACACCAAGUAAAUGGGGUCAACAAUUAUGAUUGGGCCUUCCAAAUUAGGUGUAAAAAUGUAUUCUUGCUAUUUCUCACAAUGUCCUGUAAGAGGCUAAAUUAAGCCUCCAAACACAAAACCAACUAAUUAAGAAAGACUAACAGCUUGUCAAAAUGUUGGGAGUGGUGUGCCCACGUAAGCAGAAGACAUAGAAACGUGCGGACCGAAUAUUUAAAAAAAAAUUAAUAGUACUGUCCAAAAUGGUAUACUUUUGCUAGUAGUGUGUGUGACUGCUUGUGUGGUGUCAGUAGUGGUAUAUUUUGGCCUAUGUUGCUAGUGUUGCAGAGGUUGUGUUGAAGCAGAAUUCUUCACACUGAGAAAUGCCCAAAACACUGGGGAUGGAACAUCAGAAAAGGUUUCUGUGCGUGGUAAAAAAGGUUGUUUUUUGGUAAGUUCCUGUAUUUUGCUUGUUUGUGUGUUUUUAAAGAACUUUUUGAAUGAGUUAGAAAUCAGAUACAUUUUUUAAAUGCUUUUGAUACAUACAAGCUAUGUUCUUGUAACCGGUUUUCUGCCUUACGAUUAUUGUUGAUGCUGUUCACAUGCAACGCAGCAAGGAUGAUCCACUAGCACUUGCAGAAGUGUUGUGAUGAGAUGUACAAAUAUUUUUGAAUAAAUCUAAAAUGAAAACUU